AUGGUGAACAUCACGGAAAAGAUCAAGGAGAUUGAGGAGGAGAUGAGAAAGACCCAGAAAUAUCAUCUGGGUCUCCUAAAGGGAAAGCUUGCGCGGCUUCGCGCCCAGCUGCUCGAACCAGGGCCGGGAGCAGGUGGUGGCGGAGGUGCUGGUUUCGAUGUGAGCAAGAGCGGUGAUGCCCGGAUAGCGCUGGUCGGCUUUCCUUCGGUGGGCAAAUCAACGUUUCUUUCAAAGGUCACCAAGACAAAGUCCGAGGUUGCCUCAUACGCCUUCACAACACUUACCGCCAUCCCCGGCGUUCUCGAAUAUGGCGGUGCCGAAAUCCAGCUACUCGAUUUGCCGGGUAUCAUUGAGGGUGCUUCAGAAGGCAAGGGGCGCGGGCGACAGGUCAUCUCGGCGGCAAAGACCAGCGAUCUAAUUCUCAUGGUCCUCGACGCGACGAAGAGGGCCGAGCAAAGGGCAUUGCUAGAAGCUGAGUUGGAGGCAGUAGGCAUCCGGCUGAACCGCCAGCCACCCAGAAACAUCUAUCUCAAACCCAAAAAGGCUGGCGGCAUGAAGAUCACAUUCCAGUCCCCGCCCAAGGGCCUCGACGAGAAGAUGAUCAUGAGCAUCCUUCGGGAUUACAAGCUGCUCAACUGCGAGGUGCUGGUGCGCGACGAGAACUGCACGGUCGACGACCUGAUCGACGUCAUCAUGAAGGACCACCGCAAGUACAUCAACUGCCUGUACGUGUACAACAAGAUCGACAGCGUGUCGCUCGACUUCCUCGACAAGCUGGCGCGCGAGCCGCACACGGUGGUCAUGAGCUGCGAGCUGGACCUCGGCAUCCAGGACGUCAUCGACCGCUGCUGGAAGGAGCUCAACCUGAUCCGCAUCUACACCAAGCGCAAGGGCGUCGACCCGGACUGCAGCGAGGCGCUCAUCGUGCGGAGCAACAGCACCAUCGAGGACGUCUGUGACCGCAUCCACCGCACGCUCAAGGACACGUUCAAGUACGCCCUAGUCUGGGGCGCUAGCGCGAGGCAUAUCCCGCAGAGGGUGGGGCUGGGGCAUCCCGUGGCGGACGAGGAUGUAGUGUACAUAGUGAGCGGGUGGAAGGCGUAG